AUGUCCAGAAACAAGGGAACAGAUAUAACCGAAGCAUUCGAAUCACAUCACAUAAAUCCAUCAGUAGAGAAGCUCCUACCAAAAUAUUUCAUUAAAGAUGCAAACACACCAAGAAAUUCACCAUUCACAUUUAACGACGACGGAUUUUAUAGGACACUAAAAAGAGCUGUAUUUGAAGAAAUGAAAAAAAUCCCAAAGGAUGUGUCAAAAACCGCAGAUAGAAUUAUUGAUGCUUUAUUCGUCACGUUACUUGCUAGUUCUACGUUAGCAAACUCGUCUCGAAACUAUUGGUUUUCAAUGUUGUGGUAUGUUGUGGCUUCCGUCACUUUCGCUCUGCUAACGUCAGCGUGUCAUAACUAUAUACAUAGGAAGACGAAUUGGAGAAUGUAUAUAUUCAAUAUGAGCAUGUGGUCGUACAGGGAUUUUCGCGUGUCCCACGUAAUAUCGCACCAUCUUUACACGAACACUCUCAUGGAUUUAGAAAUCAGUUCCCUUGAACCGGUUUUAUUUUACUUGCCGAGACGAGAUAAGCCACUGCAUGCCAGAUUGGGAUUUAUCACCGAGUUCAUCUUUUUUCCACUGGGUUUUAUAUCGCUAUUCAUAAAGAGAUUCUGUCGCGUGCUCUUCGUCGAGGGCUUUCCAAACAACAUUAUCGCUGGCACGAUGCCAUAGGAUUGCUCUUUCCUAUUUGGAUUUACAUUAGUAGUGGAAGUUCCUUCCUUCAUGUGAUUUACACGUGGCUCUGGAUCAAUUGCACCGGAAGUCUACUAUUCAUUUGUAUUGGUGUCAAUGCCG